ACACCAAAAACCAAAAAACUACCAAAAAGCAUGAAAACAUUAAUUUCUUCAAAGAAAAUCUUUUGCUGUCAUUUUCAUAACAAUAUUUGUGUUGAGAAAACUUUUCGAUAGUAGUAUACCGAGUUUUUUUUAGUGAUAUAUAUACAUUUUUUUUCUAUAUCUACACAAAUGGAUUAUGGUAGUGCCACCAGCGGUGAAACUGAAACGGAACGCCCAACACCGGCAGACUUCGACAAAUACUUGCCUUGGGCAUGUGCCCAAUUAUCAGUAGAAAUUGAUAUAGUGGUGGUACGGAGCCUUCUCAAAACAUUCCAAAGCUCUGCGGCAUCAGACCGAUCAUCGAAAUUCAAAAAAAUGAAAGCAAAGCCCUCUUCCUCCCUAACAUAUACAUCAGAGCCUGAGAUCGGAGAAAAAACUGCAAAAUUUGCUAAAAGUGGAAUGGAAACAAAUCCUUUUAUAACGGUUGAAACCGUUUACGACAAUCUUGGAAAUCUCGUACAGCUAAAAUUUUUGAACAACGUCAUUCCAAUACCUGCAAAAGUCAUAAAAUUGAUCGGCCUCCUAGUCCCAUUUCAUAAGCACUUGACCAACAUCACAAUAAAUAGUGGUAUUGGCGCUGACACGAUUUAUGAAAUUUCAAAAUUCCUUCCAGCUUCUAAUAUAACCGAACUAUGUUUGGAUGGUGCAUUUAUCGCUGCAGCUAAUUACGACUUACUGCUAACAAAAUGCCAUUUGAAAUAUCUCUCCUUAUCCAAAUGCAAAAUUACUGAUGCAGUUGUGAAAACGAUUGUUGAUAAAUUAUAUUUUAACUUACCAGCAUCGAAAUCACUGUCAGCAUUGAACUUGUCAACGAAUAGAGUUACUGAUGUUGGUGCGAAACAUCUAGCUGAAGUACUGAGAUUAAAUAGACAACUCUGCUAUUUGAAUUUAGCAGACAAUAUGAUCACUGAUGAGGGUGCAAUAAGCAUUCUCGAUGUCUUACACAAUUUUCAUUUAACACCUAAGGAAUUAAAAGAAUAUAGAACCAGAUAUAUGAGAUAUUUAAAAACAAGAAAUGAUUUAAUUGAGUCAUAUAUUAUGGAACUGAAUGACGCUGAAGCUAAGAAAGUGGUAAAGAAAAAGAAUAAUAAGCCAAACAAUCCAGUUCCAUCCAGAAGGAAGUCAUUAGAGAGAGAUACAACAUCUAGAUCUAGUAUGGAAAAAGCGGCAGCCGCUGCUCAAACCCAGUAUUUCCGUGAUCGAGCUCGAUUUUUAGCCGUUUCUAAAUUAGGUGGUUUCCUUGAUCCAUUCAGUGCAACGAACACUGAAGAGAAAGAUGGUUGUGUAUACUGCUACGGCAAUAACGCCCUUAGCUACUUAAACCUCGCUUACAAUAAUAUCAGUCAUAUCACUGUGAAGAAGUUGUACGAAGUUUUGGUGACCCAAAAAUAUCUUAAUAGGAAACCUAGAGGUUUGGUUAAUGUGGUCAUCGAGGGUAAUAACAUACCUAUUAUUUCUGCAGAACUUCACGGUAUUAAUGAAAUUAUUGAGUCUAAUUUGAGUAAUAUACCGAAACCUUCUAGUGAAAUGGCUAAAAGGAAAUCAAUUGCACCAAAGCCUGGUGGCAAGCAAUCACUUGACCGAUAACUGUACAAAUGUGUACAAGGUGACAACUUAAGUCAUACGAGGUUUCCCCAUACGGUAUAGUCGUACAUACCUAUUAUUUUAGUUUCUUACCCCUGCAAUCCGAAAUUAAUACCAAAUAGUUUUUUCUUUUGCUAUAUCAUUUGUGCUUUUUGUUUUGUUUAUAGAUUUAACUCUUUACGUUUAUGCUGUGUCUAAUUUAGAUUAGGAUAUUUUAAUCAUACGUCAUGGAUAUUUAAGUUUAAUAAUAAAAAUUAAAUAUUUA